GUUCCCAAACAAACCCUAAACACAAUCCCUAUUUUCUUUACCUCAAAUCCCAAAAUCAAGAAGAUUUCAUUGCUGUAAUGUCCAAUCCAAUUAAUCUUCUUCUCCUUCUUCUCGCCCCUGCAUUGAUGUGCACAAUUGUGAAUUCGCUGCAGUUAGAGAUGAAAUCCGGUCACCCCAAAUGCAUUUCCGAGGACAUCAAGAGCAAUGUCAUCACCGUCGGCAAGUAUCACGUCGUUAAUCCCAACCCUGGCUACCCCAUUUCCGAUUCUCACACCGUCACUGUCAGGGUGCGUUCGCCUUAUGGGAACGGUCAUCACUACGCGGAUAAGGUGCAUUCGGGUGAUUUUGCAUUUACUGCAGCUGAGGCUGGUGAUUACACUGCUUGUUUUUCGGUGCCACCGGAUCUCGACCCCGGGGUAACUGUCACCAUUGAUUUUGUUUGGAGAUCGGGGAUUGCUGCCAGGGAAUGGUCUGGUGUUGCCAAAAGAAGCAAGAUUGAAGUCAUGGAGUUGGAGUUAAAGAAGUUGUAUGAUACUGUCUCAUCUAUCCACGAUGAGAUGUUUUAUCUUCGUGAAAGGGAGGUAGAGAUGCAAGAUCUUAACGACGAGACUAACGCCAAGAUGUUUACCUUCAGUUUCCUUUCAAUUUUGGUUUGCUUGUCUGUAGCUGGUUUGCAACUAUGGCAUUUGAAGUCAUUCUUUGAGAAGAAGAAGCUCCUCUAAGAUGGAUUUUAUUCAUUUGAUUCUUUUUUCCACUUGACUGGCUUUUCCUAAGGUAUCCGUAUACAUAAUUAGAUUAUGUCAAUUAAUAAUAAAAGUGAUGUCAUGCUUUAAUAUACACUAUUUUUUUAGGUAUAUCUUUGCACCUCAACUGAUUUUUAUUUUGUUCUUU